GAAUGAAUGAAAUAAAUAAAAUAACCUCAACAUAGUCCUAAGAGGUUAUUAGCAAUAAAUUACACCUUUUGUUUCCAAAGUAUUCAUUAAAAUGCCGUCGUACGAAUUAGCUUUGAUGUUACGUGCAAUGCCGAAGCCAGAACUUAAAACAACAUUGAAACGUAUAUCGGAAGCAAUAUUCGAUCGUGGUGGGAUAAUAAGAAACAUUGACAACUUGGGUUUCAGAGAAAUACCUUAUAAAACUAGUGCCCACGGGUUAGUGCAUCGGCAAGCUAACUACUUUGUAUUUAAAAUAGAUACAGCGACAAAAACUGUUGCAGAUUUAAAAGAGGAAUAUAGUAGAGACGUGGAUAUUAUAAGACAGCGAGUAUUCAAAGCUUCAUCGGACUGCGAACACAAUUGUACAUUAGAAAAAGAACUCUUGCCUCCGGCCUACCGCGAUGAAGUUCAGAAGAUGAUCGAAAUUGGAAAGACACAAGUAAAUAAGUUCACUUACAAAUUUAAAUACAAUUCUGGUCUGGAUUAUUAUCCUUUCCAAAAGUAAUAAUGCUUACAACAGAUUUAAUUGUAAAUAGGACACUGAAUAGAUUUUAGGCAAGUAUUAAAUUACUAUACAUAUUUUACAA